GGGAAGUUGGCUGGCUGGCGAGGCAGAGCCUCUCCUCAAAGCCUGGCUCCCACGGAAAAUAUGCUCAGUGCAGCCGCGUGCAUGAAUGAAAACGCCGCCGGGCGCUUCUAGUCGGGCAAAAUGCAGCCGAGAACUCCGCUCGUCCUGUGCUUUCUCCUGUCCCAGGUGCUGCUGCUAACAUCUGCAGAAGAUUUGGACUGCACUCCUGGAUUUCAGCAGAAACUGUUCCAUAUAGAUCAGCCAGUUGAAUUCAUCCAGGAUCAGGCGAUUCUAAACUUGAACUUCAGUGACUGUAAGGGAAAUUACAAGCUACACUAUGAGGUCUCCAGCCCAUACUUCAAGGUGAACAAUGAAGGUGAUUUAGUCGCCCUGAGGAACAUAACUGCGGUGGGUAAGACGCUGUUCGUCCACGCCCGGACUCCACACGCGGAAGACAUGGCAGAACUCAUGAUUGUCGGGGGAAAAGACAUCCAGGGCUCCUUACAGGAUAUAUUUAAAUUUGCAAGAACUUCUCCUGUCCCAAGACAAAAGAGGUCCAUUGUGGUAUCUCCCAUUUUAAUUCCAGAGAAUCAGAGACAACCUUUCCCAAGAGAUGUUGGCAAGGUAGUCGAUAGUGACAGACCGGAAGGGUCCAAGUUCCGGCUCACUGGAAAGGGAGUGGAUCAAGAGCCUAAAGGAAUUUUCAGAAUCAAUGAGAACACGGGCAGCGUCUCUGUGACACGGACCUUGGACAGAGAAACUAUUGCUUCUUACCAACUAUUUGUGGAGACCACUGAUGUCAACGGCAGGACUCUCGAGGGGCCAGUCCCUCUGGAAGUCAUUGUAAUUGAUCAGAAUGACAACAGACCGAUCUUUCGAGAAGGCCCCUACGUUGGCCAUGUCAUGGAGGGAUCACCCACAGGAACCACAGUGAUGCGGAUGACAGCCUUCGACGCGGACGACCCAUCCACAGAUAAUGCCCUCCUGCGGUAUAACAUCCGUCAGCAGACGCCUGACAAGCCAUCUCCCAACAUGUUCUACAUCGAUCCCGAAAAAGGAGACAUUGUCACCGUUGUGUCACCUGCACUGCUGGACCGAGAGACACUGGAAAAUCCCAAAUAUGAGCUGAUCAUCGAGGCCCAAGAUAUGGCUGGACUGGAUGUUGGAUUAAUAGGCACGGCCACAGCGACAAUCCUGAUCGAUGACAAAAACGAUCACUCCCCAAAAUUCACCAAGAAAGAGUUUCAAGCCACAGUCGAAGAAGGAGCCGUGGGAGUUAUCGUCAACUUGACAGUCGAAGACAAGGAUGACCCCACCACAGGCGCGUGGAGGGCCGCCUACACCAUCAUCAACGGAAACCCUGGCCAGAGCUUCGAAAUCCACACCAACCCGCAAACCAACGAGGGGAUGCUUUCCGUUGUCAAGCCUCUGGACUAUGAGAUCUCCGCCUUCCACACCCUGCUGAUCAAAGUGGAAAACGAGGACCCGCUGGUACCUGACGUCUCCUAUGGCCCCAGCUCCACGGCGACCGUCCAUAUCACCGUCCUGGAUGUCAACGAGGGUCCGGUUUUCUACCCCAACCCCAUGAUGGUAACCCGGCAGGAGAACAUCUCUGUGGGCAGCAUGCUGCUGACGGUGAAUGCCACAGACCCCGACUCCCUGCAGCACCAGACCAUCAGGUAUGCCGUUUACAAGGACCCAGCAGGCUGGCUCAACAUCAACCCCAUCAACGGGACCAUCGACACCACAGCCGUGCUGGACCGUGAGUCCCCGUUUGUGCACAAUAGCGUGUACACCGCCCUCUUCCUGGCGAUCGACAGCGGCAACCCCCCUGCCACCGGGACUGGAACCGUGCUGAUAACCCUGGAAGACGUGAACGACAACGCUCCCUUCAUUUACCCCACAGUGGCCGAAGUCUGCGAUGACGCCAAAAACCUCAGUGUGGUCAUUUUGGGAGCAUCAGAUAAGGAUCUUCACCCAAAUACAGAUCCUUUCAAAUUUGAAAUCCACAAACAAACUGUCCCUGAUAAAGUCUGGAAGAUCUCCAAGAUCAACAAUACACACGCCCUGGUAAGCCUUCUUCAAAAUCUGAACAAAGCAAACUACCAGCUGCCCAUCAUGGUGACAGAUUCAGGGAAGCCACCCAUGACGAACAUCACAGACCUCAGGGUACAAGUGUGUUCCUGCAAGAAUUCCAAAGUAGACUGCAACGCCGCGGGGGCCCUGCACUUCAGCCCGACCUCGGUCCUGCUCAUCUCCCUCUUCAGUUUAGUGUGUCUGUGAGAACUCCUGACAUCUGAAGCUUGACUACCAAGUUUCCAUAGCAACAGGAAAAAGAAAAAAAAAAUCCAAAUCUGAAGAUUGCCGUUUACAGCUCUCGAACUUCACAACUAGGCCUCAAUUGCUCCAGAUUUUCACUUUCUUUGCAAUUUCACUUAGUCUGUACUUCACCAUUUUGACAGCCUCUUCCUUUCUCCUUUAAUUAAUGGAAUCUUCUGAAUUUUCCCUGAGUGUUUAAAGAUCAUGGCAUAUAACAUGACCUUCUGGGAGCAGGAACAAUGACUACUUUUUCUGGUGUGUUGCCAUGUCGCUAGUCAGCACUCCCCCAUGCAGCUUUGUCUGUGGGUUAGUAUUUGUGUACGUAUGAGUAUCUGUAUGUGUGUCUACCCAGUAUUUAUAGAGAGAGACUAGACAGGAGGAGCCUAGUUUUGAUGCGUCAUUCUUCCUUGGGAGGCUAAAGGAGAAGGGACAGAGCCGUGGCGGCGGACCCACCCAGGGCCCCAGCCGCAAGCUAGGCACUAGCACAGACCACAGAGGGGACGCUUCUCCGACAUCCGUUCAGCCCGGGUGCGGCCACGACCAACAGGCAGCUCCACAGAGAGAGAGAGCGCAGAGACCGAAGUCCUUUCUCUUUAGUCUGCGGACCAUAACCAGUUUCACUGCCACCAUAUGCUGUGAUCAAAAGUGGUGAGGAGCAGAACGGGAAAUUUUACCAUCAAAUGCCAAGAAAAGGGCUGAAAUAUUCCUUCAUGGGCAUCUGCAUGCAUUUGUAUGUGUCCAGAAUCCACAGCCCUGCUGUGGAUUUAGUUCCUACGGGCACGUGGGUCACGGCAGAGACUCUCUCCCUCCGAUUUACGAUAGCAGGUGUCAUCACGGAGGUCGCGCGUGCAUAGGAAGAGGUUGACAGGUACAGUGUGUAUACAUAUAUGCGCCCACAUGUAUAGACAUACGCUUAGGCACAUACACACCAUUUGUUUCAUAUACAUGCAUAAAAUAGAGUAAAUACCGGUAGUACCCUUUUGUGUGAGUCGACUACAGUUGUUUGCAAACCUUAAAAUAAAAAAAUGUUCAUUAUGUAUAAAAGGUAAUUGAUUUUUAUUCUGUGAGCAUGUCCAAGUAAGAGGAAAGUUAGUGCUUGUACUAAGAUUAUCUUCUUGUUGAUAAACUAAAUGAACCAUCAAAGCUCACACCAAAUUUUUCUACCAGAUAAAAACUAGUGACAGCCUGUGGCUUUUUAUUAGAGCUCGCCACAAACUAGGGUAAGGUAAGUGUCUUAGCAUAUUUUCAUGCUGUUGCUUCCUAAAGGUUUUAAC